AUGGAUGAAACAUUGAUCAGGGACAUCAGAAAGAUCGAGUCAAGGUUUGCAGACCAGGCACAUGUUGGUGCGUUGGUAAAGCCAUACUAUGGAACAACAACCUUAGCAUUUGUUUUCAAGGAGGGUAUGGUGAUAGCAGUUGACUCAAGGGCGACCUCUGGUCCAUACAUAGCUUCACAGACAGUGGAUAAGGUAAUCAAGGUAAACAGGAAUCUGCUUGGAACGAUGGCUGGAGGAGCAGCAGAUUGUUAUUUCUGGGAAACAUUGAUGGGUCUGUAUGCAAAGGAAUAUGAGCUAACGAAUGGGCGCAAGAUAACAGCCUCUGCAGCAAGUAUGUACCUGAGCAACUGUGUUUACAAAUACAAAGGACGUGGGCUAUCGAUGGGAACAAUGAUAUGUGGAUACAAUAAUGAUGGACCGAGUAUAUACUAUGUUGACAAUGAUGGAACAAGGGUGAGUGGGAAUUUAUUUUCUGUAGGAAGCGGAUCUACGAUUGCGCAUGGUAUUCUUUCAAUGGCGUACAGGUUUGACAUGAGCAAAGAAGAAGCAUUGGCUCUUGGAAGAGACGCAAUAUUCCAUGCGGCACAUCGAGACAGCUUUUCAGGAGGGACUGUGAAUUUGUAUUAUAUGAAUGAAGAAGGCUGGGUGCAUGUUGGAGCGUAUGAUGUUGACAGGCUGAACAAGGAAUAA